AUGCAGAAUACUGAAAAUACAAAUGAAUGGACUAAUUGGAUUGAAGAAGCCAUUGUUAAAGAAUAUUUUAAAUGUUAUGAAUACAGACAUUUUAGUAAUAUUCAAGAAAUUGGUUCCGGCGCAUUUGGAAAAGUUUAUCGUGCAAAUUGGAAAAAGUCGGAACAAUGUAUAGCUUUAAAAUCUUUUUUUAAUCUUAACAACUUUACUGUAAAAGAAAUCGUACAUGAGCUUAAACUUCAAAGAGAAAUACAAUUUCAUGAUAAUAUUAUUAAGUAUUAUGGAAUUGCAAAAUUUGAAUCAGACAAUCAAGAUAUUUUAUUAAAAAGAUAUUUAUUAGUUAUGGAAUAUGCCGAUUCUGGUACUCUUAGAGAGUAUUUGAAGAAAAAUUUCAAUAAUCUUACCUGGAAUAAUAAAUAUAACUUAGCCUACCAGUUAGCCUGUGCUGUGUCAUGCUUACAUAAUGAAGAUAUAGUACAUCGUGAUUUGCAUUCAAAUAAUAUAUUGGUUCAUAGAAACACAAUAAAGGUAGCCGAUUUCGGGUUGUCAAAAAGAAUUGGAUCAUCAUCCAGACAAUCAAAAUUAUUCGGAAUAAUUCCUUACGUUGAUCCAAAAAGAUUCGGUAAACGAAAAAAUAAUAAAAAUUCAACACAAUUGCUCUCAUUUAACGAAAAAAGCGAUGUUUACAGUGUUGGAGUACUGUUAUGGGAGAUAUCUAGCGGACAACCUCCCUUUUCUAAUGAAGAAUCUGACCUUGAUUUGGCUAUAGAUAUUAAAGAAGGUCUUAGAGAAGAUCCUAUUCCUGAUACACCUGAAAAUUAUAUAAAACUUUAUACUGAUUGUUGGGAUGGCGAGCCAGAUAAUCGCCCAACUAUAGAUCAAGUGGCAGAAAGAUUAAAAGCAAUGGUUACAAAAACAAGCGUGAUAACAGAAAAUCAUCAAAUUAAAUCAGAUCUUCAAUUAUCAGACGAGCGAGAUAUUAAUCCAACUAAUGUUAAUACUUCUUCAAGUGUCAGUAAUUCAUACCAUGGAGAUUUGUCUCGAAUUAUUCAAAACUUUGAUAAAAUGAAUACAAAUGAAAUAAUAUCUUUAUCAACAAAUGAACAAAUAAUUAAUGAAAGUAUUUUAUUUGAAAAGAAUUUUAGUAAAAUAAUUAAUGAAAUAGUAGAAUUUAUCUUUAAAUUGGUUAAUGUAGGAAAAAAUCCAUACGAAUAUAUUUUUGAUCAUUUCGAUAGUCGUAAUAUAACAUCGCAAGAAAUUUAUAAUUGGUUGAUAGAUAAUCAAAAUAAUUUGGAUUCUAAUUUCUUACUUGGAUAUUUUAAUUAUUAUGGAAUUGAAAUUAGUGAUAAUAUAAUUCAAGCGUUUAAUCUAUUUAUUAAAGCAUCAGAGCAAGAUCAUACAUUGGCUCAGGUUUAUGUUGGAUUAUGUUACGAAUUUGGAUAUGGAACCGAAAAAAAUGAAAAGAUAGCUUUUAAAUUUUUUGAAAAAGUAGCUAAUAAGAAUUAUCCGUCAGGAAUAAAUUAUCUUGGUUAUUUUUACGAAAGAGGCAUGGGGAUUAAAAAAGACUUAAAGAAAGCUUUCUCUUUAUAUGAAAAAGCAGCAAAUUUAGGAAAUAUUUUAGCUCAAUAUAACCUUGCUAUAAUGUAUAUGAAUGGAUAUGGUGUUGAUAAAGAUGAUAACAAGGCAUUUGAAUUAUCAAAACAAUCAGCCGAAGGAGAAUUUAUCGGUGGAAUAAGAUUAUUAGGAUAUUGUUAUAGUUUUGGGAUUGGAACUAGUGUUAAUAAACAAAAAGCGUUUGAAUUAUAUCAAAAAGCAGCAGAUUUAGGAGAUACGAUUGCUCAAAAUAUCCUUGGUGAUAAGUAUGAAAUGGGGAAUGGAAUGUGGAAAGAUAUAAAUAAAGCAAUUUACUGGUUUGAAAAAUCUGCAAAACAAGGAUUACAAAAAGCUCAAAAUAGUUUGAAAAACUUAAAAAAGUAA